CGUCAUUUUUUCAGUCGCCAUUGUUCUCGUUCUCGGCUGUCGAAUUUUGUGGAAAUUAUCGAAUUUCCCUUAAAUUCGUUGCAAUAAAUACAAAUAGAAGUUAGAAAAAUAAACAAUUUUGGAGUACACAAGUGCACAGUGCGCGUUAUUUCGUAACAAGAGGCCGCCAAUCGAAAUUAGAGACACCCGUCAGACGACUCGCCAGUUAACGAGCAGCUCAAGCGAAAUCGAAUAUUUCGUUCGUGGCAAAAAAAAAAAAAAAUAAUACAAACUUGAACAAAAAUCCAAAACGAAAAACAUGUCAUCUAUGAAUCCAGAAUACGAUUAUCUUUUCAAACUGCUGUUGAUCGGCGACUCUGGCGUUGGAAAGUCCUGUUUGCUGCUCCGAUUCGCCGAUGAUACAUAUACAGAGAGCUAUAUCAGCACAAUUGGCGUGGACUUUAAAAUUAGAACUAUAGAAUUGGACGGCAAAACGAUUAAAUUGCAAAUUUGGGAUACUGCUGGACAGGAGCGCUUCCGUACCAUCACAUCAUCAUAUUAUCGUGGCGCGCAUGGCAUCAUUGUUGUCUACGAUUGCACGGAUCAGGAGUCCUUCAAUAAUGUCAAGCAAUGGCUGGAGGAAAUCGAGCGAUAUGCAUGCGAAAAUGUUAACAAGUUGCUGGUGGGCAACAAAAGUGAUUUAACCACCAAGAAAGUUGUCGAUCAUACAACAGCUGCGGAGUACGCACAUCAGUUAGGCAUUCCAUUCCUUGAAACUUCGGCCAAGAGCGCCACCAACGUGGAGCAGGCAUUCAUGACGAUGGCGGCCGAGAUUAAGAAUCGCGUCGGGCCGCCGUCCAGCGCCACCGAUAAUGCUAGCAAAGUGAAAAUCGAUCAGGGUCGUCCAGUGGAGAACACCAAAUCUGGUUGCUGCUGAAUAACUCUGAUUGUGAAUCAUUAUUUUAUUAUACAAUUAAACAAAAUUUAAAUAUAAUAAAUUAAAACGAUACAAAAACACGGCAAAAGUAAACGAUGAAAAAAGAAAAAACAUCCACAACAAUAAUAAAACAAGCAAAUCGUAAUUAUAAAAAACAAUUGAAUUAUAUAAUAAUAAUAAUGAUGCGUAUUGAAAAGAGUAUGAGAAGUUCGUUGCGAAAGCGCGCGCAAUUCAAGUUCAACUUUGUGAACAGCCACACACACACACACACAGAUAUAACACACAGGAUAUACUGAUAUGUACUACCCCCCUUAACCCCUCACCCGUACCCCUUUGACUUUCCUUUUGUUUUUCUAUAGUUCUGUUCAUAAGUAGUGCAAAGCAAACAACAACAACAAAAUGGUGUAGUAAUUAACUUAAUCUAAAUUUAAUCUAAACUUAAGAGUUACUUACCACAGCAGCGCGAACCGAUAGCGAUAACGAUAGCGAUACCGAUACCGAUUACUAUUAAUACUUAUAUGCAUAAACAAAAACAAAAUGAAAAUGAAAAUGAAAAACAAACAAAAAUAAAAACCAAACAAAAACUGCGUUUAUUAUAGCCCAGAUUCAAUCCCGGCACCGAACCGAAUUAUAUAUAUAUAUAAUACUAUUUCAUUCUUCAAAUCAUAUCUCACUUCUAUCUGUCAUAUUGUAAUUAUUAUAUAAAUCAAAAGAGAAAACCCCCAUUAUUUAGAAUUAAAGAGAAAAACGUUCAGUGAAAAAGAGAAAAACGCGUAGGACUUGUUUAGGCACAUAAAAUAGUGUAAUUUUUGAUGAUGGUAAUAAGAUAAUGAGAAACGUUUAAUAAAAAUUACUUGAACAUAA